AUGAUGAGUCACGCGAAUUACACGGAGAAUAACGUUCGGUUGAUUAGGGAAAUCGAAGGAAAGAGCGACUACUACGCGAUUCUUGGAUUGGAGAAGAGCUGCUCCGUCGAAGAGAUUCGGAAAGCGUAUCGGGAGCUCUCGCUGAAGGUUCAUCCCGAUAAGAACAAAGCGCGGGGCUCACAAGACGCGUUCAAUAAAAUCUCGGAGGCUUACAAGAGUUUGAAGGAUGCCCAUUCUAGAAGCACGCAUGACCAGACCAACGGGCCGAGGCAGAGGAGGACCAGUCCUCCUCCUCGGCCCAACAGUCCUCUUCCUCGGCCCAGCGGCAUGGAGAAUCCCAAAAGGAGUCAGGUUAACGAUUUUGUGCUUCUGGUUCUGCUUCUGCCGCUGUUGAUGGUUAUUCUGGUGGCGUGCUCGCCGUUUCUGAGCAGAGUAUUCCUUGCUCUGAUUUAA